AUGUCGAGCAGGACAACGCCGGGGUCGAUGGGGAGGUACACUCUCUCCCAAUCCGAAAGUGCAUCUUCGGACCUUGCUGGGGGAGCUGAUAGAAGAGAAACUGAAAUAGUCGUGGUUUUCGAUACGAAUUCUCUUCGACUCAGAGAAGAAGAAGAACAUUGUUGGAGAGAGAGGCUUUGGGAGGUGAAAUGCAAGGCAGAGUUCGGGGAUAAUGGAUAUUGUGUUUUAAUUGAUCAAAAAGCUUGUUGCAAAUGUCUUCCUCAAUUUGAACCGGUCAACAAGGAGGAUGGGAGUUCAGGCUGUCGAAGGAAUUCCACUGUGGAGAGUUGCAAAAGCAGCAAAGGGAAUUUCACCAUGGAACCAGUAGCACCUAACACCGUAUGGGAAAAUAAAAGUACUUAUGCUGUUCUCAAAUCGCCAUCCCAAGCCAAUUGCGGAGAAGCAUGUUCGCAGGAGUACUGCGACUGUGAAGCUGCACUGUUCAAGGACGGGCUUUGCGCAAAACAUAAGCUUCCUUUGCGAUUUGUGAGAAGAAAUCAAACCGACUCAACCUUAGCCCUUAUCAAGCAACAUCAUCUUUUUACUAUAGAAAUCGCUUGCCAUAUAUCGAGAGGACUAGUUUAUCUCCAUGAAGAGUGUGAGCCACAAAUCAUUCAUUGCGACAUAAAACCCCAGAACAAACUCAUGGAUGAAAACAGAGUCCCAAAAAUAUCCGACUUCGGAUUGGCAAAGUUGUUGAAGGUUGAUCAAAGCAGAGCCUUUACAGACAUUAGAGGGACAAAGGGAUAUGUUGCUCCAGAGUGGUUUCGAAAUUUGCCCGUGACAAUCAAAGUAGAUGUUUACAGCUUUGGAAUUGUGCUCUUGGAAAUUAUAUGCUGUCGAAAGAGUGUGGAUCAUAAUCUUCCGAAGGAAGAAGCUAUUCUUGAACAAUGGGCAUACCAAUGCUUUGAGGCUGGAGAGCUAGGUAAACUAGUUAAUAAUGAAGAGGUUGACAAGACACAAUUGGAGAGAAUGGCUAAAGUUGGACUUUGGUGA